AUGGCUUCCGGUGCUCAAGCCGCGAAGAUGGUGGCACUGAGCAUGAUGCUGGCCAUCCUGCUCGCCACCACGGCCGACUCCAAUCCCCAGCCAGACCGCACCUGCUCCGUGGAGUGCGCCUGCGCCGAGCAGUGCAGCCGCCAGUACCCUCGCGUCGACGACGACCCCCCUUUCAAGAUCACUCCUGUCUGCACACACCGCACGGAGCACGAGUUCUACGCUCGCCUCUACCUGCACCAUAGUUUUCAAGGGAAAUAUAGGAACCAACAAGACGUAUUGAGUAGUGAGUUGAAAAAUGACUUUGGAUCCUUGAUUGUUAAUGAUUGGGUCAUCACGGACUCACCUGGCCGUGACACCAAGGUUGUGGCUCACGCAAAGGGCAUCCAUAUCCAGGCCGGAAUGGACACCGAAGACUACUAUGUUUCUUUCAACAUGGUGUUCGAUGAUGGCAGGUUUAAAGGGUCCACGCUUCAAGUCAUGGGAACCGUUGUCGCAGAAGGUGAAUGGGCUAUUCUGGGUGGAACAGGAGAAUUUGCAUUAGCUCGUGGAGUUAUUUAUAAAACCUACUCGAAAUACAUUAAUCAAGUGGGUGAUGUGAUUGAACUUGACAUUCAUUGUCUUUACACUACUAUGGAAAGGUCAAAGGGUACUUAUUGGGCAUUGGAGGCAUGA